CCCCUCCCUUAUAACCCUCUCCCACAGCCCCUCCCUUAUAAUCCUCUCCCACAGCCCCUACCUUAUAACCGUCUCCCUCAUGCCCUCCCUCAUAACCCUCUUCAAUACCUCUCCCACAGCCACUCCCUUAUUACCCUUUUCCACAGCCCCUCCCUUAAAACCCCUUCCUGCUGACCUUUCAUCCUAAAUUUAAAGGCUAACUUGCCACCCUCUAAUAUUCACUUGUCUCUCUUUAAAGGCUAACUUGCCACCUUAAAAAACUGACUUGUGAUCAUUCAGGUCCUGAAAAAGCGACUUACCAGUGACAGGAAAAACUUUCUAAAGAAAAUCACACUUUCGACCAGAAAAAAAAAAUCUCAUUUUUAAUUGCCAAAAUAAAGUAUAAUGCAUUAGAACACGCCACUCACCUUUUGUAAUGGCUUAAAGUUGAUGGCUAAACAAGGCAAAUAGUAUUAAAAGAUAUUUCUGAUAGUUCCUGAGUGUAAUGAAUACCAGAGAGAGAAACUCACAUGAAACAAAAACAACGAAGAAUGGUAGUCUGUAUAUUCUGACCUCCAACUGGGGUCCUCUUCAUGUUUCUGAUCUUUAGCUACCUUUAUACAAUGAUACAUAACAUGACAUACAUAUUGAAGACAAUAUGUAAAUUAUUACAAGGUUAUGUUAGGUUAAGCAAGGUCAAUUUAGGUUUCGUAGUUAGUCUAUGGUAGGUCGAACUUUGUUCGGGUAGGUUAGGUCGGUUGAAAAUGUGACUUCUAAAUAUCAUGUGAUCAGAGGUCAUAGUGGCCUGACUUCCUUUAAACAUAAUUUUAUAACAUUUUUCCUAGAUUAAAUUCGUUAGCCUUCAGAGGCUGACAUACCAGUCAUUAGAGAUUGAUUUUCAGACUUUAGAGGUUGACUUGUCACUCAUUAGAGGCCAGCUUGCCAGUUUCAGAAGCGUCCUUGCCAGCUUUUAGAGGAUGACUUUCCAGCCUUUAGGUGCUGACUUAUCUACUGAAACGCAAAGUAUGUGUUAAAGUUCACACCGCAGCGGAUAUCAGUUUCUCGUGAUAUAUAGAACAAUUAAUGACUUUUGGGUGACUAACACAGGCGCGGGGUAGCUACAGGAAUUUUAUGGCUCAGGAUGGAGGAGGCGGAGAUGGGAUGCUGCGUGUGUCAGGAGAGGUACGACGAGACGCGCACCCCGAGGAACCUGGGGUGUGGCCAUUCCGUGUGCACGCCCUGUGUCCAGGAGAUCAUUAAUAGGAACCGGAAAUGCCCCGAGUGUCGCCGACCUUUCUACGCCACGAUGGCUUCGGCACUUCCCGUUAACUACCCACUUCUUAGACUCUCUAGGACUUUGGCUGCUCUGAGUCUUCAGCAAGGGCAACAGGCAGCUGCGGGCCCCUCCACAAGCAGCACACGCAGCCCUAGAAAGGCAGACGCUGGGGAGUGUGCUGCUCAUGUGUCACGACUGGUGAUGCGCUGCAUGCCAUGCAAGGUGUGGGUGUGCAAGGAGUGUCUAGUGAUGGAUCACGUCGUCCCUCCAGAUGGUAACUGUCUCAUCUUACCCGUCGAUCAAGCUCUAGAGGAAAUGAAGAAGAGUCAUAUGGAGAUCAUAUCCACCAUGUACCUCACACUGCAGGGGCUCAAAAAUGAGGUAGCUAACGAAAUUGCUCAACUGGAGAACAACAAAAGCCUGCAUGAUGACACAGUUUCCAGUCUUCGGCAGAUUUUACAAGGUGAGCUUGACGUUAUUCAAGAAGUGGAGGCGAAGAAGAAAGAAGCGACAGACAAGAUGUCUGAAGUUGACAGCUGGGUGGAGUCACUGAAGGAGGCAGAGGCUGGCAUCCUGAAAGCGGCGACGGUGAGGGAACUGGCCAACGCCAAACUUGCAGCAAGAGACUGUCUGGCCAACGUGGAGACUCAGGUGCAACGAGAGAAGCAACGACAGACAUCUGUCAACAUGACUGUGCCACAGUUCGGCCCUCAGAACUUGCGAGGAGUGUUACAGAUGGUCAAGAUGAUGUAUGUAGUGGAUGAGAGUAAUGGUGAGAGGAAGUGGGCGAGGGUGAGUGUACAUGACUGCCUUCUACAUCUGCACGUCCUAACUCACAACCCACCACCACCAACUUCACUCAUUUUCUCCGUAAGUUACCUUCAUUAUGUGAUCACUAACAUAUACUCUUAA